GAAUGCAGCGCGUUCACGCAUCUUCAGCUAAGCUGCUAAGGAUAGAUGGAAGGCCGAAAGGGGCAAACUGCUGUAUGAUUCUAGUCGCGGACAGAUUUUGGUUCGUGUUUGGCUCGUGGGUGGUUAGAUUUCGCUGAAAGCAGUGGUAGUUGAUAAUGUUGACAAAGCGACACUGAACGCAAAAAAAUGACUAAAGCGACGGACUACGUUUCUUAUAAUAGAAGUGUUCUUCUUAAUGCAGAUAGUUCUGCUUGUAGUGUGAAGCCAGUUCUUACCAGUGUAGAUAUGCAUGUGUCGAGCAGGUGAAUCAGUCGUCUCGUGUAGAUGAAAAUCGGUCCUGGGCACGUCAACGCCAAAGGUGAGAAGGGAAAUGAAGGAGACACGAUAAUGUGAAGUGCUUCGUACACCUCUACUGGCCUGAACAACAAUAAACAUCGCGCUUGCAGCAAGGGGAAGAUUGUUUACAAACAGAGCAUCACCACGGUCAUGGAACGCCGGAGGCGCGCGGUGUGGACUCGCUCGUAGGAACAUCUGCUUGCUCAAGUACUUCUGUUUGCAUUUCGUUGCGCUCGUGCGGAGAACGAGUCUUUUUGCAAGUGUACAACAGUUGACAGGCAGCACGAUGCCUUUCUUUAUGACGACUACCGGUCGGAAGGUCGCGGCAGCAUUAGCUGGCAUCGGCGGUCUAACCACGUUUGUUGCAUCCUGGCUACCGCAAACAAUCUAUCUCGAUAAGUUAAAAAAUAUCGUGCAGUGCUACGAGCAUGGCCUACCGCUUAGAUUGAACGAAGAGCUAACAGCUAGAACGCAAAGUGUGUUAAAAGAUUUCACCUCGCUGAGCGAAGCAAAAAAAGCCAGUAUUCGAUUUUUCCUUGUGAACCGCAUAGAACCCUUUUACGCAGGAACACCGGAGUCAGGAUAUGGCGCAAUUAUCGGCCUGCCUUUCAACUUUAGGUAUAAAUCCGUUCAUGACAUAAAAGAAGCGGAUGUGCGACUACCCGGCGAACAAUCCAUUGACUGGACGACGGGCGCUGCACGUCUGUUUAAAGAACACCUUAUUUUAAGUGAUGAAGCUCAACGCUUCGCUAUUGCUCAGCAGAUCUAUCUCGCCAACACGAGCCAUGUGACGGUAAAUUCAAUCGCAGCUACUGGUGCCACCGUUAACGUAUACGUUCUCUCGAAGAUUCUCAACAGUCGAAUAGAAAGAAAAGUGCCUUUUAGUGCUCGAUGUGUCGUCUACGGUUUAGUGUGUUGUUUCUGCUUUAUGGGCUAUCUUGCUAUCACUGACAUGGCUAGGUACAAGCACGAAUGGGAUUCGCUUGCCUACGUGAUGAAGUUAGGUCCCAUGUACCGUCAGGGAGCUGUUGACUACUUUGAGAGAGCUUUAGUUUGUAACAAAGCACUUCGGAUUCUGGGUGGUAAGACAACCCAAAAAAUGUUUACUGUGAAGGGAAAUCUUAAUACGUGGAUACGCACGCCUCAUGUGCCAAUGACCGUUUGUAUGGAGCGAGUCAAGCGUAUAAAGAAGGAGAUGGAAGGGACCUGCGAGGUUUGCGAAGAGAUCAGUGGAGCGAAAGUUGCGAAAGCUGAUCCAGUAGCAGAUACGGGCAAAGUGUAAAAACACCCUUAGACUAUUAGAAAUGCUGCGAGUCAUUUUUUUCAGGUGUUCAGCGUAUUAUUGCAUGCUCGAAGAUGCGAGGCAACGUGAAUGAAAAUGAACGUGCUAGUUGAACACACGCCUAAUUAACUAAUACUGAUAUGAAGUAAUGGGACAUUUCUUACAGGUAAUAGUGUUAUAAAGAGGCUUGUUUAGCAUGAAGUGUGUUUAUGUACAAAUAUUCAAUUAUUAUUAUUCAUAUUAUUAUAAAGUGUAGAGUAUUAUUAAUAAACAUAAGUAUGCUUUACCCUUUUCCCUUAUUUUUAUUCAUUCCCCCCCGCGUCAUGCGU